GCUAAUAACGUUUCCCUGACGUUUUUGUCUGCUUUUUCAAUCCCGAGGAAAUGGACUCGCCUCCCAUUUUUUAUUGCCCAGUGUCCUGGGAGGAAAGUAAUUUGGCGUUGAAGACGAUAAUGAAAAAAUAGCCUACAAGCGAUGGUUGAUUUAAAACGACUUGUGUCUUACACUUUUGAACUCAUUCAAAUUGUAGUCUAUUACCGCUUUUGUUCGUGGGGCUGGUUUCGAUUUGUUUUACUGAAUGAGUCUGAUCGAAAAACGGUCCGUUCUUGAAAAAACAUUCUAUUUUCAAAGUUGGAACUCCGUGAGAAAUAGAGAUGCGCUCAUUAAAGGAAAUGGGAACCACACAGACAUCCGGAAAACGCAUCCACGCGCCACUGCUGCCUCGCAUGAUGUCAAUGUGUUUUAACAAUACAAAGUAUUCCUUCAAGGACCUCGAUUGAGAUACCGCAUAUGCCCGCUUGUCAUGGGUGCGUCUACGCGGUUAUUUUGCUCUGCUCCAUAUGGUUUUGGAGCGCUUAUGCAAUGAGACAACCGGGAAUUAUUAAGUAGGACUAGCCUGCAUUGAUACAUAUCACGACAAUAUGGCUGAUCAGAGUAACAUCCAGUCUGCUGCUUCCAAAAGCAUCCGGCCGUUCAAGUCCAGCGAGGAAUACCUGUAUGCCAUGAAGGAGGACUUGGCCGAGUGGUUUAACACGCUAUAUGACCUGGAUAUAACAGCAGACACCUUUAUGGAAGGGCUGGAGACUGGCUGUGCCCUCUGUCGGCAUGCCAACAAUGUGAAUCGAGCAGCGCUGGACUUCCAGAUGGAGUACCCGGAGGUUGCACAGUCAUUGAGGAUGCCAACCAAGGAUGUGGUUUUUCAGUCGCGCAACGUGGUCCCUGGGUCGUUUUUGGCUCGGGAUAACGUGUCCAAUUUCAUCGGCUGGUGUCGUCAGGAGCUCUGGAUCAAGGAUGUUCUGAUGUUCGAAACCAACGACAUAGUGGAGAAAUGCAACGAGAAGAACUUUGUGCUGUGCCUGCUGGAGGUGGCGCGGCGCGGGGCCAAGUUCGGCAUGCUGGCCCCGAUGCUGAUCCAGCUGGAGGAGGAGAUCGAGGAGGAGAUCCGGGACCAGGAGAACCAGGGGGAGCCCAGUCCAAGCCUACUUCCAAUAAGCAGGGCUUUCGUUCGCAAGGAGAGUGUGGUUGAUGAACCAGAGCCUGCCUCUUAUGCACAUUGGCAACAGAAACAGAGGGUGCUGUGUGACAUGAGAAACUUAGAUGAGUUGGUGCGGGAGAUCCUGGGCCGUUGCUCCUGCCCCGCCCAGUUCCCAAUGAUCAAGGUGUCUGAGGGGAAGUACAAAGUGGGAGACUCCAGCGCUCUGAUUUUCAUACGGGUCCUACGUACUCAUGUGAUGGUGCGUGUGGGCGGGGGAUGGGACACAUUAGAACACUAUCUGGACAAGCAUGACCCCUGCCGCUGUGCCGCCUUCGCUCACCGGUAUCACCAGGCCAAAGCCAGUGGGCAAGGUGCCCACAGCAAGUCCUCCAGCGCCCACUCCUCCCGCUCCACCAGCCCAGGCCCACACUGGCGUAAUGAGGGCAUUGCCCCCUAUAAGCCGCCUGACAGACGUUCCCAGGGCCUGGAGCCUCUGUGUGCCCCCUCGUCCACCCGGCCUGGCCGCUCCCACCACCCCUCCCUCCCCACGGAGCUCGACUCCAACUCAGGACGCACCCCCCUGCUACCACGGCCACCACGGGACCGCUCAGAACCUCGACACUUCAACCCUCUCAAGUCUAAGGACUCGUCAUUGAUGCCAGUGACCCGCCGUCUAUCAGGGGACAGCGACUCCUCUACAGCCUCCUCUAAGGGAGGAGGAGGGACAGGGGGAGGCCGCUUCUCUCUGGGAGGCACCCGUCGCUCCGGAGAGGAGGUGGUCCUGCUGGUCAACAGGAAGGAGGGGAAGCAUUUGAUCGAAAGGCCUGGAGGAGGAGGAGGAGGUCAGAUCCCAGCCCUGUGCCCCCCAAUGCCCCGCGCACGCAGCCACUCUCGGGAACGCCCUGCCCCUGCCACCAUCCUCAAACCCAGCCCCCCACAGGGCCCCUCUGACGGGCUCAGGACCAGUCGUGGGGACAGGGGCCGCUCUCUGGGGCCCGAAGGCCCCCGCAGGCUCCAGGCCCCGCGUUCCCACAGCCAGGGAAAGAUGCCCAGCCGGAGUCGAACCAACGAUGCCAGCCCUGGAUCCUGUCCCCGUCACGGGGCCUCUCAGCCCCCAUCCUCUGACAGACGAGAGGAGCUGAGGGCCAAACAACUACCCCCUGCCUCCCCCAGAAUCAGUGGAGGUUUCUCCAGGAGACAAUCGUCCUCCUGCUCUAAUUCGCCUAUCAAAGGACUUCAGAGCAGCAGCCCCAGUAAGAAGACUAUGGUGGCUCCCAGGCCCCCCGCUCCACGCUCCCCCUCAGUAGGGAAGAGUAGGCUGCUGCCCCCAGUCUCCCAGGCAGGCCGACGCUCUCCACACUCCACUUCCCCCCGCUCCUCUCACUACCAUGGGCAUGGACCCCGCUCCCCUCGAACCUCCCACGGCCCUCGCUCCAAUGGGCAUGGCCACAGGGGGUUGGCCGGCUCUGAGCGGCAGAAGCCCGAGGAGGAGGGGCUAGGCUAUAAGUUCCAGAUGCUGCCCAAUCUGGACCCCCAGAAGGAGCAGGACCUGUACCGCAGCUUCGAGGCUGAGUUCCUGGCUAACACAGGGCAGGGCAAAGUGGGGCCCAGUAGACCAAAAGGGGGGGGCAGCCUUCAGCUGCCCGCCUCCUCACAUCCACAACAGGGGGUUGGGGCCCAAAACCUCCCCACACCUGCCUCUGCUGACCCUAACGUUACUGACUCAGCCUACUCCUCCUCCAACUCCUCCACCUCCUCAAUCAACGUGGGGGGGAAAGUAGGAGCUCUGCCUGACCUCCGGGAGUCCAAGAGAACUAACCCACAUUCCUGUGGAAGACUAGAGAAUACCCUGGCCCCACUGCAUGGCCAUAGCCCAGGCGGAUUAUCUAACGGUGGGCACACAGAACCAGUGCGCUGGAGCGGGCGAGGUGGAGGUCUCAGGAAGCUCCCUGCCAUCUCCAGUUCCAUGGAGCUCCUGUCCUCCUUCCCUGGCCAGAGAGACUCAGAGCUGGGCAUAGCUCUCAGCCAUACCCCCUCACAACUUCCUUUCAACCCCAGGAGCAUGAAUGUGGGCCAUGUCAGUGGUGCUCCAGCAGAGGUGCUGAUGGAGAGCCAGCAGGGUCAGCUGGGCUGGGGCUCAGGGCCUGAGGGAGACGUCCCUCUGGAGGAUCAACAACCAAGCCUCCCCUAUGACCUGGAGGAUGGAGACCCCAACGAGGACCUCCCUCCCCCAGAGUCUUGUCCCUCACCCAUCCCCCUUCCCCCCUCUGAGGACUGCUCCUUCCAGGAAGACUCCUCCAGUGAAAGCUCCUCCAUGUGCUUCAGCCUGAGUGAAUCACGCUCAGAGUCCUCUCCUCCUCCACCUCCUCCCCUAGCCAAUAGGGAUGCUGUUGAUGGAGGUGUGGUCCUCCGGCCGAAGAGGGUAGGUAAGAAGGCUGACAGGAUGCCUUCCAUCUACAAGCUCAAGCUGAGGCCGAGAGUCAGGCCCCGUACAGACAACCGGCCAGAGAACAGCCCGUCACGUAUCCCCACCCCAGUCAGCUACAGAGACCUGGAGGCCAUGGGCAACCUCACCCCUCUCCAUACCCCUACUCCUCCACAGUCCCCUCAGAGCUCACAUUCCAACAGCCACCCAGCCUCACGCAAGGCCCUGCACCAGGCCUUCGGCGACCUAAUCCACCCCCAGUCAUGCUCCACCGCCAUGGGAAGCAGGGACUGCACCUACUCUGUAGAGUCAGGGAGCAGCCUGGACACUGAGGCCUGGAUGUAACACACAACUUACUCAUCAUGAUGAUGCUGAUACAGAACAGUUUGUUGUCAAAUUAAAACUGACUACUGUCUAAAAGACUGGAAACCGGGCUGCAGACUAUUUUUAUAGAACAUGUCACAGUCGCAUGCACACUCACUCUUUUAGUCACUUAGGCCCUUUCCUGUCUAUAUUGGUCAGGGUUUCACUAUCCCAUUCUAUUCUUUGCACUCAAAACCAAAUUAUUUAUUUCCAAAGGAGCAAUCCAGAAUCUAAGGCUAUUGUUUAAGUUGAAUGGUUUCUUUGUAAUUAUGGGGAUGUUUUGAUGAAUCAUAAAGUGUCUAAUACAAGGCAGGCAGCUGUCUUGAAAGCCCCGUGUUUUGCUGCCAUACAGAGAGAGAGAGAGAGAGAGAGAAAAAAACAUAUGUGCUGUCAUAUGCAUCGCUGAGGGGCAUGAAGAAGUGCCAGGGCUGAGGAAGAGGAAAGAACCCCAGGCAGGAGCAGUGAAUCACAAGCGCCAUCAAGUCAACUGGACUGGCUCCCUCUAGUGGACGGUGUAUGCCACAGCAUCUCUGUCCGCUUUGAUUGUUAAAAUACUGGUGAGGCAAGCCGCGCUGUAAAAGAUACUUUCUUGCUCUCAUUCUCCAUACUGCCACUCACCCUCUGCUAGUUACCCCCCCUUCUGUGGACAUCUUUACAGAUAUAAUCUGUAUUGGACUCAUAUAUAAAACAAUUACGAUACUUUACAAUGUUCACAAAUAACAGUCUUUUGGACUUUAUACACAGUACAUAUUCCAUAUGUGCACUGCUACUCACCUUCCGCCACCAACCCCCUGCAUCCUGAGUUGUUCAUUGCCAUACAUGUAUGAUGUCACUUUCUCACUGCCAAUCCAGAUGGCCAUGAUUGAGUGAUGUUUGUUUUUUGAGUUUUAAGUGUGAAAAUAUACAAAGCAUUUUCUAUGUGUUAACUGCAGUUUGGGGUAAGAGUAAGAUGAUUAUGUGUCAUUGUCACUGAAACAGCAAUGUUGAAUACUUCCAAUGAUCAAGAGUUAUCUGAACUUGGAAAUCAGCACUUAAAUAUGUAUACAAACGUGGAUGAAUAUGCAUAAAUGUGUACAUGUGUAUAUACAUUUGCAAGAAAAAGUAUGUGAACUCUUUGGAAUUACUUGGAUUUCUACCUAAAUUGGUCAACAAAUGUGAUCUGAUCUUCCUCUUAAGUCACAACAAUAGACAAACACAGUGUGCUUAAACUAAUAAUACACAAAUUAUUGUAUUUUUCUUGUCUAUAUUGAAUACAUCAUUUAAACAUUCACAGUGUAGGUUGGAAAAAGUAUGUGAACCCCUGGGCUAAUGACUUCUCCAAAAGCUAAUUGGAGUCAGGACUCUGAUAACCAGGAGUCCAAUCAAUGAGAUUGGAGAUGUUGGUUAGAGCUGCUCUGCAAUAUAAAAAACACUCACAAAAAGUGAGUUUGCUAUUCACAUGAAGCGUUGAAGCCAUGCCUCGAACAAAAGAGAUCUCAGAAGACCUAAGAUUAAGAAUUGUUGACUUGUAUAAAGCUAGAAAGGGUUACAAAAGUAUCUCUUAAAGCCUUGACGUUCAUCAGUCCACGGUAUGAGAAAUUGUCUAUGAAUGGAGAAAGUUCAGCACUGUUGCUACUCUCCCUAGGAGUGGCUUUCCUGCAAAGAUGAAUGCAAGAGCACAGCGCAGAAUGGUUAAUGAGGUUAAGAAGAAGAUCCUAGAGUGAGCUAAAGACUUACAGACAUUUCUGGAACAUGCUAACAUCUCUGUUGACAAGUCUACGAUAUGUAAAACACUAAACAAGAAUGGUGUUCAAGGGAGGACCCCACGGAAGAAGCCACUGGUGUCAAAAAACAACAUUGCUGCACAUCUGAAGUAUGCAAAAGAGCACCUGAAUGUUCCAGUAGUUCUGUGGACAGAUGAAACUAAAGUUGAGUUGUUUAGAGGGAACACACAACACUGUGGAGAAAAAAGGGCACAGCACACCAGGCCUCAGAGCCUGGACAGCUUACUACAGUAUCAUUGACAGAAAAAUGAAUUCCCAUGUUUAUCAAGACAUUUUGCAGGAGAAUGUUAGGCUAUCUGUCCGCCAAUUGAAGCUCAACAGAAGUUGGAUGAUGCAACAGGACAACGACCCAAAACACAGAAGUAAAUCAACAACAGAAUGCCUUCAACAGAAGAAAAUACGCCUUCUGGAAUGGCCAAGUCAGAGUCCUGACCUCAAACUGAUUGAAAUGCUGUGGCAUGACCUCGAGAGCAGUUCACACCAGACAUCCCAAGAAUAUUGUGGAACGGAAACAGUUUUGUGAAGAGGAAUGGUCCAAAAUUCCUCCUGACCGAUGUGCAAGUCUGAUCCGCAACUACAGAAAACGUUUGUUUGAGUUUAUUGCUACUAAAGGAGGGUCAACCAGUUAUUAAAUCCAAGGGUUCACAUACUUUUCCCACCCUGCACUGUGAAUGUUUACACAUGGUGUUCAAUAAAGACAUGAAAACGUAUAAUUGUUUUUGUGUUAUUAGUUUAAGCAUACUGUAUUUGUCUAUUGUUGUGACUUAGAUGAAGAUCAGAUCAAAUUUCUUGACCAAUUUAUGCAGAAAUCCAGAUCAUUCCAAAGGGUUCACAUACUUUUUCCUGCCACUGUACAUGUAUAUGUAUACUUUCAUAAAGAUGUGGGUAUAGUGUAUAUAACAAAAAUGAAUUAUGAAAUGUGUAAAUAUUCACUGUAUGGGGUUUUAUGCUGCCAUAGCUAUGCAAUAUUGCUGUUGGAAAUGCCUUGACAAUUCCCUUGGCCUUAAAAUGUGUGAGUGUGGUUUGAGAACGUUGGUGCCCAACAACACCCAUUCACUCUUGAGUGUGAAUUCAUUUCCAUCACCAUCAGUUUUUCUCUCAAUGUAGAAUUGUCCAAAAACAUUAAUUUAAAAGCACCAUAUUAUUUGCAAUGGAUUUGUAUGAUCGAUACAGACAAACCACUCUCUCAUUAAAGGAUAUUCAGUGACAUCUAGUGGUUGAAAAAAGAUGGUCUCAUUUGAAUGAAAUUCCUUCACAGAUUUUUUUUUAACUAGGCAAGUCAGUUAAGAACAAAUUCAAAUUUUCAAUGACAGCCUAGGAACAGUAGGUUAACUGCCUGUUCAGGGGCAGAAUGACAGAUUUGUAUGUUGUCAGCUCAGGGAUUUGAACUUGCAACCUUCUGGAUACUAGUCCAACGCUCUAACCACUAGGCUACCCUGCCACCCCAAUUGAUUUUGCUAGACUGGUUUGGAGCAGAUGAUUGUUGAUUGUGAUGUAUUGUGUGGUUUAUUGAAAUGACUUAAGAAUAUGUGUAGGUUUUUCUUGAAUGUUUUUUUUAAUCUGGGGAAUGGACAUGAGUAAUAGAUAGUGUAAUGGAUAUGUCUGUCCCGCUAUAGACUCUUGCCUUAUUGGUAUGAUCAAUUACAGAGCAGGGCAGGGAUAUGACUGUGGUGUUGGCACUUUAACAGGGUUGUAGAGCGUGUAAGACUGCUAUGAAUGGUUUUACAGUGGAAUGACGGACUGUGCUGCAGUGGGUUUUCAGUAAAUGGAUGGCACAAACCGAGUGGAAAGAGUUUGUUUGUGUGUGUACGUCUUUCAGUAAACUGAAUCGAAGUGUACAUUCUGUAUAGGAUUAUGUACCAGGUGUCAAUGGGAAUGUAGGUAGAGUUGAAGAAAAGCAGGGAGGGAUGUUGUUGGUCUUGUUUAUUUAUGAAUUGGUUUCGAGUGACGGGUGGGGCUCUAAGUGAAAAACAACACUGGAUGUAGAAUCUAAAGCCAGUGAGAGCCCAAAAUAAGUUAUAAAAAAUACAUGAAAAAAUGGUGUUAGAAGUGUGGUUCACGAUUAUCCUAAUGGUUUUAGCCAGAGCCCAUAGUUUAGUAAUGCACAAGGUUCCAGGGACCUAAUCCAAUCUCUGCAGACAGUUGAGACCAUUUCUGAGGAAGUUUUCAUGUAUUUUUGUCUUUGGAUUUUGAUUGUUAAAAGAUUUGCUUUUAACAUGUUUUAUCUUGCCAAUUAAUGUCCACACAUCAACCAAAUAGACAAUACAGCAGAAACUGUUAUGCUUUUAAAAGAUCCAGAAUCUGAAUUUAUUUGCCAUAUAAAGGGAACACUCCAGCAAUGAAUAUAGCCAAUCCAAGAGGGUCAAAGGUUUUGUUGAUGACUACACAGGAAUGAGCCAACCUACACACAGCCUAGGCUUUUAACUGCUCAAAGAUACAGUUCCAACAUAUUUAAACCUCCACUGCCAUAAAGGCUCUGUUUGCAUUAUUAGCCAACGUACAUUUUCUCUCUUCUCUGACCAAUGAGAAGCUGAUCAACCUUUUCAUUUCAUUGCUUUUACGUGUAGCGGUCUUAAAAAAAGAUGUCUAUAUGUGUUUUAUUUUCAAUUAAAUUGUUCAAUUAUGUAAUAUGUUUAAAAUAUUAAAACAUGCAUGAUGGGUUAGCAGGUUUUACAAGUAGUUUUACAUGUUUGUGACAUUAAGAAAACCAUAGGCCAAUGAUUGAAUUUGUCAAUUCAACUAUGAUUGCAAUUUUUUUUAAUCUUAGUGUGCAAAGUUGCAUGUCAUCUCUACAUGCUUGGUUUUUGUUUGUCAAAUGCUGCUUUGUAAAUUCCAGAACUUUCUCUCUCUCCCUUUUUAUCUUUUUUUAAAAUGGCAUAUUUUUUGUCUAAAUGGCAUAACACAAAGUAAACUGAUCAUAACAUACAUUUUGAAUGUUCAUUUGAAUUUAUUUCAGUGUUUAAGCGUUAUUUGCGGAUGUUAUCUUCUAUCAAACAAUGACUUAAUAAAUGUACUGAAGAGUGCUUGACAUUGUGGAAUUUGUCUGUAUUAAAUAGCAAUACUGCAAUACCAAGACUUCAUUUGUUCCUUGAAAAUGAAUUGCUGUCAAGUUGUUCUUGUAAUAAAAUAUGUUCCUUUGAUUUUGUUUA